AGAGGAGACGAAGAAGAAGGCGACCAUGUUGAUUUAAAGGAAGAAGAAACACAAUAGAGACGAUUUAUGUCGACAAAAAUCCAGUUACUGAAGCGAAUAGUGAAAGAAGUAGUAGAUCGACCGCACACUGAGUACCCCUGUAAAAUAACAAAGAAACUGAGGUUUGAGUUGUUGGCUUUGGCUUUGAAGAGGCAGCAGGUUGAUCACGGCCGACGCUCACACAGUUCCAGACCGAGCUGAAGACCUGAGGCGUUGGGAGAGAGGGUUCGACACCCGGAGGAGAAAGAAACCACACAGCGAAGACUCAACAAGGGUGGAAAGCUGCUUGGCUUUGGACUCGAUAACCCCUUGUAUGACUCGUGAUUUCAGGAUCCGUUUGUUUUUUCAUGCGUGGACCGACGUCGACCCACGGUGUGGAAAUAUUCAGAGAGCAUUACAGACUAUAUGAUUUUGGGGAAACACCUGUACAAAGUUGGACAUCCUUUUUUGGAGAACAGGGUUAUUGAGCAACUCUUAUGGACUCAAAGUGGAAACAAGAAAUAUUGUUCAAUUUAGAACCAGAAGUUUAAGUAUUGAACUCAGAUUAUAUUGAAGAAGCUAUUCCCCAAGUUCAGAUUGCCUUAGUUGUUCUAUUUCAGGACUUGAACCGCUUUGAUACUUGUUCACGUAUAAUUUUUCUAUAUUGUGAGCAGGUAUAUUCAUGCAUAUGAAUGCAAAUUUCUCUUCAUUUUGAAGAGCUCUUGUGUAAAAACUUGUUUUUUUGUCAUUCUCGUACGUCAGUCACUCUGUUGUUGAAGGGACCGAACUGCGCGUACACGUGUAUAUGUAAAUACUACCAAUCCACUUCAGUUGUAAAAGCUUUGGACUUAAAAAGAAUCGAGAAAAUUGUUUGUUAAUGCUUAAUUAAAACUUUUUUUUUACUUUUGAAGAGAAUUUUUAAAAAUAAAAACCUAAGAGGCAAAAAUCUAAUACCUGGAAGGAAAAAACAACACGAUUAAGGACAACGAAACCAGGAAAAAUGGCAACGGCCAGAACAGAAAGCGUCGGUCCCGUGGUCAUGGGCCUGAACAAGCAGAACGGGCAGCUCAGAGGACAGACCAAACCAGCUCCAGCCUCGCCAGCACCCACCACUCAAGGAAAGACUUUGGGUGCUCCCCAGAAAGCCGGCGGCGGCCCUCAGGACGGAGGAGGCAUCAAGUUUGGAGACGACUGGAAAAAGAGCCUGAAGCUCCCUCCCAAAGACAACAGGGUCAAAACCUCAGACGUGACGGCCACUAAGGGGAAUGAGUUUGAAGAUUACUGUCUCAAAAGAGAACUCCUGAUGGGCAUCUUUGAGAUGGGUUGGGAGAAACCGUCUCCUAUCCAGGAGGAGAGCAUUCCCAUCGCCCUGUCUGGACGGGAUAUUCUGGCUCGGGCCAAGAAUGGAACAGGAAAAAGUGGAGCUUACCUCAUCCCACUGCUGGAGAGGAUAGACCUGAAAAAGGACCACAUACAGGCCAUGGUCAUGGUUCCUACUCGAGAGCUGGCGCUGCAGGUGAGUCAGAUCUGCAUCCAGAUCAGCAAACACCUGGGAGGAGUCAAAGUCAUGGCGACCACCGGUGGCACCAACCUGCGAGACGACAUCAUGCGUCUGGACGAGACCGUGCAUGUGGUCAUCGCUACGCCUGGCAGGAUCCUGGACUUGAUAAAGAAGGGCGUGGCGAAGGUGGAUAGAGUCCAGAUGAUGGUGAUGGAUGAGGCGGAUAAGCUGCUGUCUCAGGAUUUUGUGGUGCUCAUCGAGGAUAUCAUCAGCUUCCUGGCCAAGAACAGGCAGAUCCUGCUCUACUCUGCAACCUUCCCCAUCAGCGUGCAGAAGUUCAUGGCGAAGCAUCUCCAGAAGCCCUAUGAGAUCAACCUGAUGGAGGAGCUGACUCUGAAGGGCAUCACUCAGUUCUACGCCUACGUCACCGAGAGGCAGAAAGUCCACUGCCUCAACACGCUGUUCUCUAGGCUUCAGAUCAACCAGUCGAUCAUCUUCUGUAACUCCACUCAGAGGGUGGAGCUGUUGGCCAAGAAGAUCACUCAGCUGGGCUACUCCUGCUUCUACAUCCACGCCAAGAUGAUGCAGGAAUACAGAAACCGUGUGUUCCACGACUUCAGAAACGGACUGUGCAGAAACCUCGUCUGCACUGAUCUGUUCACCAGAGGAAUCGACAUCCAGGCUGUCAAUGUGGUCAUCAACUUCGACUUCCCGAAGAACGCCGAGACUUACCUCCAUCGCAUCGGAAGAUCAGGGAGGUUCGGUCACCUGGGCCUGGCCAUCAACCUGAUCACCUCAGAGGAUCGCUUCAACCUGAAGGCCAUCGAGGACCAGCUGGUGACCGACAUCAAGCCCAUCCCCAGCAGCAUCGAUAAGAGCCUCUACGUGGCCGAGUUCCAUUCAGGCAGCGCCGACUGUGACGUGGAGGAGGUGGAGGAGAAGCCGGGACGCCAACAGGACAGCACCUAGAGCAGAACUUCGACUCUCCGGCUUUUGCACAGACGUCAGCGCUUCAGGCAACUCUUCAUCUCCACUCUUUAGUUUUCGGAGCCUGUCAGACGGAUUUUAUUUCACUUCUUUUGCUUUUCCUCAGAGAGCUGCCUCGUUCUUUUAACAGGGGGGAAGUUAAAGGCGUCGUUUUGAAACCAGCGAACCGAUCUGUUCCGAGACCACCGGGUUUUUUUCUUUUUUAGCAUCUGUCCUCUUCACUGCUGUCGUCACUUAAGUGCCUUACUUCCUCCACGUGCACUCGUCGUCCGUUCAUCGCCUGCAGCAGAGCACAAAUUAAAUCCAAACAUCCGUUAUGCAAAAAGAGAAAAAAACCAACCACUCAAAGUCCUCCUCCUCCCUCCCCAAUGUUUAUUUGAAAUGUGAACGUUGCAAUAAAAAGGGCAGCUUUCUUUAAAUGCGACUGUUUCUCCCUUUUUCCACUCGAGUUCCGAUUCGAGGUUCUUUUAAAAAACACAACUGAAGUUUGGCCGUGGAUCUGUUGGCCGAUUAACGCUGGGUUUCUGUACGGACAAAACGACGCCUUCAGCUUCCUCUCUUUCUUCGGGUUUUUGUGGCUGAACUUUAAAUCUAACUUGGUGAAUGUAUCCGAGGCCGGCUUCACCCAAUUAAAGGUUCAAAUUCAAACUGCAGAUAAACGUUUCUAAUCCGGGGGUUCUUUUUUUUCCUGAGGGGGCAAGUCUGUUUUUUUGUUUAGUUUUUUUCUGAAAGCGAAGUUGUAGCAUCUUUAAACAGGCAGCUGUGAGUUUUCCUUUAAUUUGUCCUCCUCUUAAAGAGCAUCACUAACCAUUAAAAAAAAGACGGAAAAAGAUAAUUUUGUUGCUUCGGGGGGGCGCUGUGAGGGGAGCUUCUGGAGGUUUUUAUUUUUUCAUCUUCUCUCUGGAGCUUAAAGCCAAACGGAGGAGUCGGAGAAGCUUCAGGUUCCAGAGAGAAGAAGAGUUCGAGGGAAGCGUUGAAGCAGCGAGAUCUUCUGCUGUGAAGAUGGACGAAGUCUUUAUUAUAUGAGGUGAAUCGUUCUGAGGAAACCAGACGCCUCGUCGUUUACAUUUAUAGUGAGAAAAAGAGAAAAAAAAAAACAGAAAA